CAUCACACAAACACAUCCUACGGUGCUCAUUCAAAACAAACAAAGUUGACCGUUAGGGAGCGUUUUCCCCCUUCCCCACAAAAAGCAGAACAACAACACCACCACCUUUUAAUUUUCUGAUCAAUUCAUCACUUCUCACAAAAAAACUCAAAAUCUUUUCUCAUCUUUUCAGCAAAAUUAAAACCCAGAAAAACCCAGAAAAUUUCAGUCAAAAUUAAUACACAGAAAUUUACAGAAGAAAGAAUUUAGCGGUGGCUUGGGAAAAGGAAGAAGAAGAAGAGACAGGCAAUAGCCGUCUCCAAACGUUUUUUUCGACGCUUUUUUCAAGCAUUGGAGGCGUUUUUAGUCAACCUCAAGAAAUGGAUUCUAGAGUUGUUCUUCCUCCACAUGUACCCAUCAAAGCUCCUGAAGAACAGAAGCAGAAGAAAGAAGGGGGAAAUCGUCGACCUCUGCAAGAGAUUGGCAAUAUGGUUAAUUUCAAUAAUGUCCCAAUUAUCAAGAGCCUAGGAGCCUUGUCACUGGUAACUGAUGGAGCAGCUGAGAAGAAAAAAGAAAAGAAUGAAGAAGAAGAACUGGUAAGGGAGCGCGUGGCGCGAGCUCAGAAGAAGGUUACAUGUAACCCAAACCCUGAAACAGUGAUCAUAAUAAGCUCAGAUGAGGAAGAAAAAGCUGAUGUUGAAAAGUACAACAAGAAGAAAAGGAUUCUCAGUGGUAAAAGGAGUUCAAGAAAGAAGAAAUACAGCCUCACUUUUGUCCUUACUGCUAGAAGCAAGGCAGCUUGUGGGGUUGCAACUAGGCCUAGAGAUGAGGUGGUGAAUAUUGAUGCUGCAGAUGGUGAAAAUGAGUUAGCAGUGGCUGAAUAUGUGGAAGAAAUCUACAAGUUUUACAAAAUCGCAGAAGACGAGUAUCGAUUGUGUGAUUAUAUGCCGUGGCAAUCCCACAUCAAUGAGAAGAUGAGGAUGAUUCUCAUCGAUUGGCUGGUCGAAGUUCAUAACAAGUUUGAAUUGCUGCCUGAAACACUUUACCUGACUAUCGAUCUUGUCGAUAGGUAUCUUUCGACUAAGGUUGUUUCGAGAAAGGAACUUCAGCUCAUAGGCAUUAGCUCAAUGCUGCUAGCCUGCAAAUAUGAAGAGAUUUGGGCACCUGAGGUGCAAGAUUUCAUGUCUAUAUCAGACAGUGCAUAUACCAAUGAACAAAUACUUGGCAUGGAGAAAGAGAUCUUGGGGAAGUUGGAGUGGAAUCUUACAGUUGCUACUCCAUAUGUCUUCCUUGUUAGGUUCAUCAAAGCUACUGUUCCUUCUGAUAAAGAGUUGGAAAACAUGGCCUUUUACUUGGCAGAAAAUGGUCUGAUGCAGUAUCAGAUUGUGAAGUCAUUUUGCCCAUCGCUCAUCGCCGCUGCUGCGGUGUAUGCAGCUCUUUAUAAUAUGGGCAGAACUCCUUUUUGGACGGAAACACUCCAACACUACACAGGCUACUCAGAAGAACAACUGAAGGAUUGUGCAAAGAUGUUAAUCAGAUUCCAAAUGUCCGUUAAAGAAACUAAACUCAAAGGAGUUCAUCGCAAGUUCUCGAGUAUCGACAGGGGUGCCGUUGCUCUGCUUCCACCUGCUAUACAUCUGAAAGGCCCAUCAGAUUGAGUAUUCCAAGUAUAAGAGCGUUCUAAAAUAGUUUGUGGCGUAUAAAACUCCUUUCGAGCUUUGGUGUUCUAUUGUCGGAUAGCUAGUUUAUGUGGCGUAUAAAAGAUCAUCGCACAUCAUGAUCUGUAGCGUAGGGUUUGCAAAUUAGUGGGGAUUGCAUCUAGAUUCUGAAUUUUUUUUGUCAAUGUAUCUAGAUCAUGAAUGGUUUUAGACUAUGUAAGACCUAAUGCAGCUAUAAAAUGUGGUUUCUUUUGUA